AUGAUGGAGUCGGCCAGCGGGUACGCAGUACCUGUGACAAAAGGAGUCAAAACAAGUGGGGCCAUGCCGAUAGGGGAGAUUGUCGACGCAAACGGCAUCCCGUACAACUAUCUGGUAGUGGUGGACGCCGGAUCGAAGGGAUCGCGUGCGUACGUGUAUUACUGGACCUCGACGCAGUAUCUAUUGGCCAACAACCAAUUGCAGGUGGCGGACAACUCGGUCAGACUACUCAGCCGGGUGGAAGAAGAUCCCAGCGAUCUGCCCUCGAUCCAGACGGGAGAGAAGUGGUACAAGAAGCUCAAGCCUGGAAUCAGCGAAUUCCGAGAAAACUCGGCACAUAUCGGGCCCAAGUAUCUGGUUUACCUUUUGAAGAAAGUGCACGAUAUCAUCCCCAUAGAGCAGCAUUACAGAACUCCAAUCUUUGUGCACGCAACUGCCGGAAUGCGGCUGUUAAUGCCCAACGAGCAAAACGAGAUUUUACAGAAUAUCUGCGAGUACUUGCAGCGGGAGUCUAGCCUAUACAUUCCUGAUUGCCAAAGUCAUGUGAACGUGAUUGAUGGUGAUGUUGAAGGUCUUUAUGGCUGGAUCGCUCUCAACUACCUCACUGGCUCGUUUUCCAAACGCAAACAAACGGCUGGGCUACUCGACAUGGGAGGGGCCUCGACGCAGAUUUCGUUCGAGCCAAACGAAAAGGAACAAAAAGAACACUCUAAUCAACUAAUUAAUCUCAAACUGGCCACGCUUGGCCAGCAAACGCCCGACCUCGCUUAUAAUGUGCAUUCCAACUCGUUCCUCGGGUACGGGUUUUCUCAGAUUAGACUCAAGUUCUUGCGCACGCUGGAAACCAAAGUCGACCAGGAAAAGGAGUAUCUUUUGGAUCCAUGUUUCCCUGCUAAACGACACCAGACAUUGGAACUUGACGGGAUCGAGAAACACGUUGAAGGAACGGGAAAUUACGAGGAAUGCAGCGAGAAAAUCUACCAAUUAAUAGCCAACAAGUGUGUCAACCACGAAGACGUAUCGGCAUGUUUGUUGAGCGACCAGUUGCCUGAGUUCAGCUUCAGCGACAGCCAUUUCUAUGGAGUCUCUGGGUAUUGGGACACUAUUUCGAAGCUUCUCUCGUACAACCAGAACGAGGAAGACUACGGCAAGAUUUACGCUUACGAUCAAAUGGCACAGGCAACACAAAAAGUGUGCUCUUCGAGCUGGAAAGUGCUCAAGGAGUACAAAGGAAUGUCCAAACAGGAGCUUGAAGAGCUCUGUUUUAAAAGCACCUACCUGACAACGUUACUACACAACGGGUUUGGUUUGAACAAAAACCAAUCUGAUUUCCAUGUUAAUGACAAGGUCAACGGAUCAGCCUUCACGUGGACGCUUGGUCGCGCCGUUUUGUACGCCAGCGACGAGAGUCUGAUCGAGGUUCAGAACUUCGCGAACGAUUUCGUCGAUAACGGCAAACGCAGCAAGGUCGGCUACUCGCAUAACUCUGCGCCUGGCGUGUUUGUGCGAGGUUCAGAGAACGACGGGGUUCCUUUGCGGCCAGCUUUUGAGCGGUUCGAAAGCUACGAGCCGCCCGGGUUUCUCAAAGACAUGAAACAGGGACUCAACUACGACGGAGAUGUGGCCGGCGAGAUCGACCACAAGCCGUUCGCCAAGGAACACCCGUGGGUGAUCGUGGCUAUAGUGUUCUUCGUUCUUAUAUUAGGGAUGGUGAAUAAGUCGCGGAUUCUGCGGCUGGUGAGCGAGCUUGUGCAUUUUGUCACUUCCGUGACACAGCGGUGCGUGUAUGGCCGCAAGGGGCCGAUCCAUUGGCCGUUUGUGACGCGCAGAUGGUACAAGCGGGCCCGGUCCAUGGACUUGGACCUGGGUCCUGUGGAGCUGGACCAGAUAGACCCUGUGGACCACGAGGAGGAAGACUUCGACUGGGACGUGGAGGACGGCGACGUUUUGAGCGGGUACGAGGAUUUCGAGCUUUCUGAAGAGAGCGACGACGGAAUUGAACACGCGCGUGCAAUUCUCGUGGAUGGUGUCGAUAUACGGAACCCCAUACUCGUUUCUACGCCAGCCGUUGCCAUGGUGCUCAACAAUGUCUCUGACACACUCCAUUGGGGUGAACUCGUCGUAGUUCAUGCCGUUGAACUGCCAGCUGAACCUGUACGUUUUGUUGAUGAUAUCGUCGAGCACGACGUCUGGGUCGUCUUGGGACGCCUGUGGCUUGGGCAGCUCCUGCUUGGAAGUCUCGAUGGAGUCCUUCAAGCCCGUACCUCUAAUUUGAGAAUGGCGUUUGCUUUCGAGUUUUUCAGCAGGUACCGCAGCUGGAUUGGUUCUCUAUCGUUGGCAUACUCGGUCAGGUUGAGUUCCAGCGUUCCUAAUCGCUCUUUUUUCGUGGACCGUGAGUCUUCAAUAAAGAACGUUAUAUACAGCCAUUUGUCAGACAAGGUGAACCCAUCUUUCGGGUCCGCGUACAGCUUGAGCCGCGUCACAAUGGCUUCGUCUUUAAAAACACAUUUGUGGUGCUGGAUGCCAAACACUCCCGACUGUGCCGAGUGUCUAUGGUGGAGUUGCUGCUUUGGUUUGAGUCUGCUAUUGGACACCUGGUGCACGUACAUCACCGAAACAUGGUCCAGUUGCGGGAUGUUAGUGAGCUCUUCCAGGCGGACGGAUAACUCGAAUUCGAUGCUUUUGUAG